UCACGGGUUUAGAUGGUGUGAUCGUUCAAAAAGAGAGUCGCUAAGUCUCACAGUUUCGUACUCUUCAGCUAGAGGGACUAUCGAUCUCCUCUGCAAGCUGCAUGCAUGCAUGCAAGUUCGAAAUGCAUGCAUGUACGUAUAUAUAGCUUUACAAAUAGAUAUCGGACAUCGAUCGCCCCGCCAGGCCAUGAAAAUCAACUACGAGCGUCGAACUGGUGUGCGUCGCAUGUACUGAGUGAACGUUCGUCAACGCUACGUGUGAAUGUUGUAGGUUUGGGUGGCGCGCGCUAUGUCAACAUCUGCAUUUAUUGUUAUAGCGCGCGUGAGCCAGACCUAUAGAAGUACUGUGUACUGUAGAACUGGGAAUGAUCGAGUCUAGAAAGUUGUAUGGCGACAAACGAUCGAAGUCUUAUUCAGUGGCGGUGCAUAUGAACGCGUAACUACAUAAAUCGAUGCAGGCGAAAGGCACCUCAGAAUUCGAGGCGGUAUCGUUUCUGAACGUCGAUCCACGCAGACAAGUGUAAUGGAGGACAUGCACGGACGACUGCCGGAGAGCAGCGCUAUAGCAAGAGAACCAGGCAGACGUUCAAUCUCUCUCUGUUUGAAGAUUUGUGCAUGAAUAGGUAAUUCUACCCGUGAGAGUGUAAAACGACAGCUCUGUCUCGACAAAGAGGAACUUCAAGAGAUGGAAAAAUCCAAAAAACACAAAAAGAAGAGUCAGAAAUCAGCAAAAGUAGCAGCUUUGAGCGCCCGAAAUAGUAGUCUCUUGCAAUCUGAGCCAACAGAGGACAUGAAAAUACAGACAUAUCAUUCCUCUACAACAUCCACAACUUCUGUUUCUUCCAAGCAGACAGCAACACAAUGGAAUGAUUCAAGACAGGAUACACAGGAAGUCACUAGAGAUACGCAACGGGAGCCCAGCACAUCUGAUAUUCUCCUCCAGUCUGACGAGCAAUCUUCUACAAACGUUACUCUAGUGGCAAUAUUUGAUGCCAUAACAACGCUCCAGGAGAUCCUAAUUCCCAUGUCAGAGAGGUUAGCAAGAGUUGAGAGUCUCUUAACAGCAUCCUCAAAUCAGUCAGUUCAAUCUCCUGCAUCUCUACAAGUACCAAGCACAUACCAAGAGAAAUUUUCUCCAAGUUCUCAGGCGCUGCUGUCUCCUUCUAAUGUGUUCACCGAUGAAGCUACAGUCUUCUUGGGUGAUCCAAGUUUAGAAGUAAAAGUGAGCAGGAAGGCUCUAGUUAGAGCCUCUGUGAAAGCUGGGAGAAGGAACCAGCUGGCAUUGAACUUACUGGACCUUCUAUUUGAACAGAAAACCUUGGCAGAGUCCACAGUCAAUGGUACGAGAGAUGGCAGCAAGAAGGCACUGGACAGCACCAUCAUUGACGCCAUCAAAAGUCACUGCUUUGAAAAGUUUCCCGUGACAAGCGCAGAAACGCCCAAGGAAGCCAUGCAAAGACUAACAAAGUCCAUCACUGACAAGUGCACUUCUCUUGCAAAAUAAAUCUAGUAACAACUAUAUAGCGGUUUUGUUUUGCAUCGACUUUUACGGUUUGUUCUUCUUUGGCUUUGAAAUAUGGAAAUAAAUGCACGUGUAUGAUACCA